CAACAGGCUCUACACCGCCAAUCCGCGGCCUGGCAGGAGUCCCUCCGCUACCGCAUACCCAAUUUGGAUGGGCUGGGUGGCCUGCGUCGAGUGACCCUCAACGACAAUCCGGACAUCGGGGACGCCGGGGCUGUUCAGCUGGCUGACGCCCUGCGAGACGAUCUCUGGAUCAAGGCUGUGGAUCUGCAGAACUGCGGUGUGAGUAAUGUGGGCGCACUGGCCUGGCUGGGCAUUCUCUCAGAGACGAAAAACGACAUAUCAACAGACUGCAGCAUUACAAUUGCUGAGGGCGGAAAUCGCAGUCUGAUGGUGCUUGACCUGCGGCGUAAUGGACUCAUCGGUAGGCUCUCUUUUGUUACCUGCUAG